AUGUCUUUGAUACAUGGCAAGUCAUCGCGACAGGACUGUUCUUGUAAGGGUAGACGGAUAGUGAAGCGAAAUGAACACCAAUGCCUCAACCACCCAUACCACUCUUCACGAAUCUGGCCCAGCAGAUCUCGGCCAUCCACCCAACAACUCUCAACAACAAAGACACCAACCAUGACCGACCCCAGUCGAGCAUCAACAUCCCUAUGCCGCCGCCUAACAAACCAACUCAACAUCAACGACCUAGAACUAAUAAUGCACUGGCACAGCAGCACCUACCGCUCCGUUUCCCGAGACAGCACCGUCGAGGGGAUAUGGCAGAAAGUCGUCCCCCAGGAGGCAGUACAGCACCCAUUCCUAAUGCACGGUCUCCUGGCACUAUCGUCGCUCGAUCGAGCGUGUAGUAGUGGUGGGAGGGCACGAGAGGAGCGGGUGAGGAUUGCGCAGCAGCAUCAGAGUCGUGCGAUGGGUGGUCUUUCGGCCGUGCGGAGAUUGGAGGAUAGUCGCAGUUUGUCUACUUGUAAUGCCAUGUUUGCGAUGGCUUGUGUUAUGGUUUAUUAUGAUCUUGCGUUGCCUCUUCUCACAGGUCCUGCUGAGGGACGCUCUGCGCUGGAUGAGUCUUGUCGCGUCCUCGAGCGAAUCCGCGAGUCGAUUGUGGUCAUGACUGAAGUCAUCGAUCGGGUAAGGGGAGGGGAGCUGUGCCCCUUAAUCCGCGAAGACGAAGUCAGACCCAAGAUGCCCGACACAUCACGAUUGGCAAUACAGUCCCUCCGACGGCGAAACGGGAUACUAGCUGCGCGAGAUACAACACACGAAACAGACACCUAUGAAACCACAAUACAACACUUGAGCGCCGCCCUCGAACGACUCGCCGAGGGCGGCGAGCCCACGAUCAUCGCAUUACGAUGGAUAUGGUUUAUUCCGUCUCGAUUUAUCGAGCUGAUGAGGAUACGGGAGCCAUUUGCGCUGGUGAUCCUGGCGCACUUUGCCGUGAUCAUGCAUUCAUUACGAAGACACUGGUGGAUGGGAGAAUGGGGGAACCAGGUGCUUCAAGACAUCGGACAGACGCUGGAUGCUGAAUGGAGACAGUCUAUUGAUUGGGUUAUUGAUGCGACUGGGUGCUAUGUUCCUGCUUAUGAGUGA